UGUGUGUGUGUGUGUGUGUGUGUGUUUGGGGCAGUUGUGUUGAAUCUCGGUGGAGGCUCCGGGGACUUCCGCGCUCGUCUGCCUUUUUACACCACGUCCAUUCUCGGCGUAUCACACGUCUGGUGCCACCAGAGCGCCGCCGCCUCGCGCAUCCGCCCGACAUGGACUUCUCCAUCCGAGCAGCCAACGUGGAGGACUGCAAGGACAUAGCGCGGAUGAUCCUGGAACUGGCUGAACAUGAGGAAAUGAAGGACCAUGUGAAAGUCACGCAAAGAGACCUGGAGCAGGAUGGGUUCUCCAAGAACCCGUUCUUCCACGGGAUCAUUGCUGAGGUGCCGGAGCAGCACAAGAGCAAAGACGGCCGCACAAAGGUUGGCUACGCUCUUUACUUCUAUUCCUACAGCUCGUGGAUGGGCAGGGCCGUUUACAUGGAGGACCUGUAUGUGAUGCCUGAAUUCCGAGGGAAGGGCAUCGGUAAAGCGCUCAUGAGCAAAGUGGCUCAGCUGGGUCUGGCUGCGGGCUGCAACCAGCUCAACUUCAACGUCCUGGACUCGAACAAGUCCUCGGUGGACUUCUACCUCAGCCAGGGCUGCUUUGACAUCACCACGGCCUACGGCUACCACAGCAUGCGCUGCGCGGGGGAGGCGCUGCAGCACCUGGCGCAGCCCUAACCCCGGGGGGCGGGGUCGCGACCUCUAGGCCGACGGGCCCAAGCCGCACUGUGCAGGGACGGAGAACAAGUCAGUGGCCGUUCUGAAACUUGACAAUCACAGUCUUCAAGCGGGUCUUUCAUGUUAGUGACACUUUAUUGCAGAGCAGCAUGGCCAUUGAAAUCAGCUGCUCCUCAACACGUCAUGCUGCUGUAGUACAAAGAAAAUCCCAAGCAAUUAAGAACCAUAAAGAAUCUGUAUUAAACUUAUUUUAUGCACUAUUACUUUACCAGGCAAGAAUCAGACUAGUGUUCUAUUUAUAUAAUUAUUAAUGUAAAUAAAUAGUUAUUAUAUUAUUAUUAUUAUUAUUAUAGCACAGCCUCUUACUGACAGAGAGGCAUAUUCCAAUGUGAAAACCUGUCCAUUCUUUGGAUGUUACAUGUGGCAUAUCCUCCACGUCCAAGUUGGUUUAUGUACAUUUUGUAAGUUAAAAUUCUAGAAUGUGACUUACGUCACAGAGUUGAGCUGAAUGGAUCAGGAUUUAGCGUCCAGAAAUGCCUGGAUCAAUAUAUGUGCUCACAGGAAGCUGGAAGCCUCUGUCCUCAUAUCCGCUGAAGCUAAAGACGCUGGUCCCAUCCACUAAUCCAGCAUCUUCUUCCCAGACACGCACUCACUUAGAGCUAGUUGGGUUUAAGUCUCAGCGUAAACAUAGCCCUGACUGGAUUCUUGAAUGAAACGUGUGCAGAAAACCAACAGAUUCAUGAUUCACUGAUGCUCUGUUUACAUUUUGCUUAAGGAUUUCCGCAGUUAAUUGAUUUGAGGAUUCAAAUCAACAAAUUCUCUGCACAACUUUCUUUAAUCUUUAACAUAAUUAUUUAUUGUGUUGUAACAUGUACGAUGUUACACACAAACUUAAUUUACACCAUGUGACUGUGAAAUAGUGAGUUGUGUAUUGUGUCCAUUCCAUUGAUGAGAUGAGCUGCCCUGUAACACACACACACACACACACACACACACACACACACACACACACACACACACACGGGCUGAGUAGAUGUGAAGCACAGUGUUUGUGUCUCCACCGCUUUCUCCCUUUGAAGCUAUGCAAACAUCAGGUUCUCACCAGGACUAAAGGAAUCAGCUGGACCCGCUUCCGUGCAGCCAAACAGCAACGUCUCGGGGCGGAUUUCUAAGACGUGGCUGAAGCUUAGAAUUAAACAAAAAGGAUCCAUGUGGAGGAAUUAGAACAGAACUCUUGGCCUGGGCUCCGUCUGCAGCUAAAAUGGAAGUGGCACGGCGCUGGUCUGGACUUCUGUUUCAUAUCUAGUCUGACUUUACAACAUAGGGCUUUCUUUUGUAAAUUGUCCAGCACUUUAAUGGGAACAGUCUGAGUUGCGGGUUCUGUUUAGUUUGGUUUCUGUCAAUCUAAACAAGUGGGAACCACUGACUUUUUUGAACUUCUGCAAUUUGCAGUUUUCCAUAGUUUGUUGAAAAAAUAUUACAGAGGAACGUGCAGUUCCUUUGUUUUGAGCCUCCCUGACAAUGUGUUGUAAAUAACGGCGUUUGCUUCAAACUCUGCAGAUCCAACGACGCUCUGCCAUCCUCCUAUUACUGCAAGAUCAGUGCGGGAACCUAAAAACAUAUUUUUAUUGCCCCACUGAAGCCAGACCAAGAGUUGUAAAUAAUUUUGGUAACUCUAUUUCCACCGUGGAUUCCUCGAGCUGUUUGAAACUCUAAUAAAACUCCACUGGAACCUUUGCAAUAAAUCACACUUUUAAACAGCAGUUCUGCGCGAGGCAAGAAGAGACGUUAAAUGUUUGAAAUGUUUAUUUAGCUCGUAGUGUGGAUGUGUGCGGCACGCAUCGCACCACAUGGUGUAAUAUAAGGACAGGACCACCGCUGUGCUGUGUUAACCUUAUGUGCCCGAUUCUGCCAUCAAAGCAAAAUAUAAUGAGUCAUACUGUGUGUGUGUGAAAUGUCUAAACAAUAAAUAGCUGGGUAAAAACCUGAAAGGAAUAAUAUCAUAAUAACAACCUGAUGAUGCCAGUAUUUCACCCAUGUGGCGAUUUAUAAGCCCUUAGGUUUAAAAGAAUUGUUGUUCUCCUGUUUUAAUAACUGUGUUGAACGUUGUUUGAUUGUUUUCCUGCCUAAAGAAUAAAACACGAGCUGUGUGA